AUGACGGCGGACGAGAGAUUUCAGGUGGUUCGUGCCAGCAAGCGCUGUUUCAGAUGCCUCGGCGAGGGUCACUGGGCUCACCAAUGUCGCAAGAAGUCGCUGUGCGGGAAGGAUGGCUGCCGCGGGCGGCAUCACAGUCUGCUCCAUUCACCGGCAUCGGCGGUGAGCGAGCUGGAAGAAGUGGGCGUGGAAGACCCGCGCAGGGUGCUCGCUACCAAUUCAGCGCCUGUGAGCAGCCGCGUGUCAACACUGCUUCAGGUCGUGCCGGUACGGGUGCAUGGAGAUGAUGGCGCGUAUGUUGACACAUGCGCUCUCUUGGACUCCGGCGCCGACACCUCUCUCUGCACAGAAGACGUGCUGCGGCGAUUGGGGAUUACCGGUGAGCCAGAAGAGCUGCGUCUCAACAAUGUGGAAGAAACUGGCGAGAAACGGAUGUCUGUUCGGACCACACUCACGGUUUCACCAGUUGCUGCGGCUGACGGAGAAGAGCGCCUGACGGUGCCAGAAGUUUUUUCCGUCAAGAAACUCAACUUGCGUCCGCAGAGGAUCGACUGGAGGGAAAAGCACAACUGGAAGCAUCUGGCAGGGAUCUCGAUCCCGGACACAAAUGGCCGGCCCGUGGAGCUGUUGCUCGGUGCGAAUGUGUUGGAGGCCAUGCUGCAGAAGGAGGUGCGUGUCGGCCCACCAGGCCAGCCGACGGCCAUAAGAACGCACCUUGGCUGGUGUUUGACGGGAAAUGUGCAGCAGCUGCUACUGGUCGGUGCUCGAGAGGUUCUCCACAUUCGGACCGAGCGUUCAGAUCGGGACUCGCUGUCAGAGAUGAUGGAAGACUGGUGGUCAACUGAAGCAUACGGGACUAGAUUUGACUUCAAGGCUCCCCGUUCGGCCGAUGAUCUGGAGGCUGAACGGAUACUGGAAGGAACGACCCGUUGGAGAGGUGACCGUUAUGAGACCGGGCUGCUGUGGCGCUCUGACGGUAUCAUCUUGCCAGAUAACUAUGGAAUGGCACUGCGUCGGCUAGAGAACACAGAGAGAGGACUGAAGAGAGCGCCAGAAAAGGCUGACGCCUAUCAGAAGGUCAUGCAGGAGUACAUAGAAAAGGGCUACGCGCGGAAACUGUCUGAAGAGGAGCGGCGUCAGUCUCACGAUCGAUGCUGGCAUCUCCCUCACCAUGCCGUCACGAGCCAGAACAAACCAGGGAAGAUCAGAGUCGUCUUCGAUGCCGCGGCUAAGUACGGUGGCACCUCUCUGAACGAAAACCUGCUCACAGGGCCAGACUACCUGCUAACCAUCCCAGGGGUACUCAUGAGAUUCCGACAGGAACCAGUGGCCUUGAAUGCAGAUAUCGAGAAGAUGUUCCUACAAGUGGCAGUGAGGGCAGAGGACCAGCCGGCGCUGAGGUUCCUCUGGCGAGGUCUGGAGGUGCACCGACCCCCAGACAUUUAUCAGAUGGAUCGGGUGAUUUUUGGUGCGCGCUCGUCUCCAGCCUCAGCCAGCUAUGUGCUGAACAAGACAGCAGAGGAGAAGUGUUCUGAAUCAGCGGCAGGCCUAGCCGCAGCGGCCACCGUCCGAGGCAACUUCUACAUGGAUGAUCUGGCGACGUCAGGGAAGGACAUCUGGGCAGCGAAGGAAAUGGUUUCUGAAGUAUCAGCGCUGGUCUCUAAAGGCGGAUUCUGCCUCCGGAAGUGGCUGAGUAACAGCAGAGAGGUGCUGGCCGGGAUCCCGACGGACGACCGGGUGUCAAGUGCGACUGACUUGCGAGGGCCGCUGCCGACGGAGAAGGUGCUGGGCGUCAUGUGGGACGCAGAGCGAGACAAGCUGUCUGUAAGCCAGCCGCCAAUAGUUACUGAAGAUGCAGAGACAAAACGCUCAGUUUUACGUGUGGUGGCUUCGAUCUAUGAUCCCAUUGGCCUGCUCUCUCCAUUCACGCUGCUGGCGAAGCUGCUCCUUCAAGACCUCUGGUCUGUUCAGCGUGACUGGGACGAGCAGCUCGACGCAGAUGAAUAUCGGCGAUGGACUGCAUGGCUCACCGAACUGUCACGAGUCUCAGCGGUCACGGUGCCAAGAUGGUACGGAAGACUAGAAGAAAGGCCACGUCAGACACAGCUCCACGUGUUCGGUGAUGCCUCGGAAAGGGCAUUUGGUGCGGUAGCAUUCCUUCGAACAGUGUACCCAGAUGGAAUGGUGCAUUGCUCCUUGGUUAUGAGCAGAUGCCGGGUCGCCCCCCUGAAGAAACUCUCCAUUGUGAGACUGGAGACACAGGCGGCUGUCAUGGCUGUACGGCUGGCCUGCUGUGUGAGACAAGAGCUCACACUGGACAUCCACGAGACAAUUUACUGGAGCGAUAGCCGAGUCGUGCUUGGCUACAUUUUCAACACCAGCCGGCGAUUCCACACAUUUAUUGCGAAUCGUGUCGCAGAGAUCCGGAGUGUUUCCGAACCGUCCCAGUGGCGAUUCGUACCCGGAGAAGAAAACCCAGCCGAUGACUGCACUCGUGGACUGGUGGCAUCCGAGAUGACUGAAGACUGCCGCUGGAUCCAUGGGCCCGACUUCCUAUGGCAGCCUGAGAAGAUGUGGCCGGAGGAUCCUCUACCACGGUCAGUCGCAGAAGAAGAUCCUGAGGUGAAGACGGUUCUGAGCGUGAGUUAUGGGAGCGAGACAACGUCUGAAGUGUUACCGGACCCCAGCCGCUUCUCUAGUUGGAACCGGUACCGGCGCACGGUGGGUUGGAUGCUCCGAUUCUGCAAGAAUCUGGCGGCCGCACGCACGACUAGUAGGCGCGGCUCCGGCCCCCUGUCGACACCUGAGCUCCGAGAAGCAGAUGCCGCUAUCAUUCGCCUGCUGCAACGCAAGGAAUUUGGUCGGGAGUUGGCUGCGCUGAGAAGAGGAGCUCCCAUAGACAGCAGCAGUAGCCUACUGCCUCUGUCUCCGCAGCUGGGUCAAGAUGGCCUGCUACGUGUCGGAGGCCGCCUGGACCGUGCUCCGCUAUCAGAGACGGCGUGCCAUCCACUCAUCUUACCAAGAGAAGCCGGUGUGACGUCACUGCUGAUCGCAGCCACUCACGAGCGGCUGAUGCACGCCGGGACAGAUCACGUCCUGAACGAGCUCCGUCAGCAAUACUGGAUCCCGAGGGCAAGACAAACAGUGAAGAAGGUCGUGCGCGCCUGCGUAGUCUGUCGCCGUCGACGGGCCAAGCCAUGCCAGCCGCUCAUGGCCGAUCUCCCGGACUCGAGAUUUGACACCCGUCGCAGUUUCAGCUCAGUUGGGAUUGACUUCUUCGGGCCUCUGGUCACCAGGUCGGGUCGGCGCAGCAUGCAGCAGAAGAGAUACUGUCUGCUGAUAACAUGUCUAACUACCCGAGCCGUCCAUCUCGAAGUAGCAGAGUCUCUAUCUACGGACAGCUUCCUCAUGGCACUUCGGAGGUUCAUCGCGAGGAGAGGCAAGCCUGAAGUGAUCUACAGCGACAACGGCACGAAUCUGCGAGCUGGCGAGAGAGAGCUCCGCCGGCUGAUCCACGAGUGGAACCAACAAGACAUCAGCGACCAACUGUCUCAGGCUGACAUCAUCUGGCGCUUCAAUCCGCCGGGGGCAGCGGACAUGGGCGGCAUCUGGGAGAGGAUGAUAGGAACGGUGAAGAGGGCACUCCGCACCGUUCUCGGAAGGCUGAUUAUCACUGACGAAGUCCUACACACUGUCAUCACGGAGGCUGAAGCCGUGGUGAACAGCCGACCGCUGACCUACGUGUCCUCUGAGGAUGAUGGCCUGGAGGCGCUCACACCCAACCACCUGCUGCUGGGAUACCGGACCGUCUGUCUUCCACCGGGUGUCUUCAGCGACAGAGACACGUCCAGCCGGCGGCUCUGGCGUCAGACACAGGCGCUGGCGGAUCAGUUCUGGGCCCGCUGGUUGAGAGAGUAUGUACCCAGUCUGAUCUGCCGCCAGAAGUGGACUCGUGAGACAAGAAAUCUGGCCCGUGGAGACCUGGUCCUACUGGUGGAGGAGAACAUGCCACGCGGUCGGUGGCCACUCGGUCGCGUAGUGGAGGUGAUGCCAGGUCCGGACGGUCGUGUGCGCUCUGCCCGCGUGCGGGUUCACGGCGGUGAAGUGCACCGCCCGGUGCGACGGAUCUGUGUGCUGGAGGAGGACACUGUCUGA